CGGAGAUUCACGACAAUCAGUCACUUGCAUUUUCUUGACAACAGCAAAAACAAUUCAUCCGAAAGCUCUCUGAAAAAUGAACAAGUUCAUCACUGCCAUUGCUAUGCUGAUGAUUGUUGUUGUGGCUGCAGCUGCACCACAAUCUUAUCCAUCACCAUCCAGCGCCAAACCCUCUUACGAUGAUGCUCCGAUGCCGUACAGUUUCGACUGGAGCGUGAAAGAUGAGGAGAGCAAGAACGACUACGGCCACAAGGAGAGCAGUGAUGGCAAAGUCGUGACCGGAUCUUACCGCGUCGCUCUUCCCGACGGCCGCACUCAAAUUGUCACCUACAAGGCCGACGAGAACGGAUACGUCGCUGAUGUGAAAUAUGAAGGAGAAGCUAAAUACCCCGAGCCCAGCAACGAAUACAAACCUUCUCCCAAGUACUAAGAAAUUAUAGAAGUCCCUGCAAAUUACAUCUUGUAAAUUAUUUCCCUUAAAUGUAUAAGAAAGACGAUACACUCUCUCGAAAUCUUAGUUUCAAACAAAUUAAACAACUUUGUCUGUUUUUGCGUGCCGAAAAUGCUUAUGCGUGCUGUUGCAAUUUACGUGAGACUAUAGAACAACAAAGGGUAUCAUACCGUAUACAUUUAAAGAGUCUUUCAUCUCCUGUAAAAAAAGAAAUACAAAUUAGCCAACGUGAA